CCUCUUUCUGCUGCUCCCCCUUUUUCAUUUUUUUCUUUUUCCUUUUUUUUCUCUCUCUCUCUCUCUCUUUCUUUCUCUCUCUUUUUUUUUUUGCCGUUUUCUUUUCUCUUCGCAUCCCUUUUCUUCUUUUAUAGAGCUUUUCUUUCCAUUUUUUUUUUUCAAAAAUAAAAGUAUGUAAGUAAUUUGAUAAAAAAACAAUCAAGAAUAAGAAAAAAGGGGCGAGGGCCAAAAAAAAAAGCAACUCAGAAGGAACCCCCGAAUUGAUGUUCGUCUGCAUCUUUUCUUUUUCACAGAAUACAUAUCAAUAAUGAGAGAAAUUAUUCACGUCCAAGUUGGUCAAUGUGGCAAUCAAAUCGGUCAAAAGUUCUGGGAAACCAUUUCUCAAGAACAUGGUCUUGAAACCAACGGCACUUAUGCCGGUGAUAAUGAUUUGCAACUUGAACGCAUCAAUGUAUUUUUCAAUGAAGGCUCUCAAGGCCAAUAUGUGCCUCGUUCCGUCUUGGUUGAUUUAGAACCUGCCACAAUGGAUUCCGUUCGAUCCAGCCCUUAUGGUAAACUCUUCCGUCCUGACAAUUUCAUCUUUGGUCAAAGUGGUGCAGGCAAUUCUUGGGCUAGAGGUUACUAUACAGAAGGGGCUGAACUCGUGGAGAAUGUUUUGGAUGUUGUGCGUAAAGAAGCCGAACAUACAGAUUGUCUUCAAGGUUUCCAAUUGGCUCACUCCUUGGGUGGUGGUACUGGUUCUGGUUUAGGUUCACUGUUACUUUCUAAAAUCCGAGAAGAAUACCCAGAUCGUAUGUUGUGUACCUAUUCCGUCGUUCCCUCGCCCAAGGUGUCAGACACCGUGGUGGAACCUUACAACGCUGUCCUCUCUGUUCAUCAACUGGUUGAAAACUGUGAUGCUACGUUCUGUAUCGAUAACGAAGCGUUGUAUGAUAUCUGCUUCAGAACGCUGAAACUCUCCAAUCCUGAUUAUGGUCAACUGAAUCAAUUGGUCUCCACCGUGAUGUCCGGUGUCUCGACGAGUUUGCGUUUCCCUGGCCAACUCAACAGCGAUCUCAGAAAGUUGUUUGUCAACAUGGUGCCUUUCCCUCGUCUUCACUUCUUCAUGGUCGGUUUCGCUCCUCUUACCGCUUUCAGCUCUCAACAAUACCGUAACUUGAGUGUUCCUGAAUUGACCGCUCAAAUGUUUGAUGCACGCAACAUGAUGGCUGCUUCUGAUCCUCGUCAUGGUCGCUACCUGACGGUAGCUACCAUUUUCCGUGGUCGUUUGUCCACCAAGGAAGUGGAGAACCAAAUGUUGGCUGUCCAACAAAAGAAUUCCAGCUAUUUCGUCGAAUGGAUUCCUAAUGGCGUCAAGACCUCUCUUUGUGAUAUUCCUCCUGUCGGUCUCAAGAUGUCUGGUACAUUCAUUGGUAACAGCACGGCCAUUCAAGAGCUUUUCAAACGUGUCAACGAUCAAUUCACAGCCAUGUUUAGAAGAAAGGCUUUCUUACAUUGGUACACAGGCGAGGGUAUGGAUGAAAUGGAAUUCACUGAAGCUGAAUCCAACAUGAACGAUCUCGUUUCUGAAUAUCAACAAUACCAAGAAGCAACUGCUGAGGAUGAAUUAAUGGAAGAGGAGGACUAUCUUGAAGAAGAACAAGUGCUUGAGGAAGAAGAAGACGACGAAGAAGAAGAAGAGGAGUAGAUAGAUUCUAGAGUUAGCAAAAAGGGGGCGAAAGAGAAAAGAGACAAAGACAAGAAAGUGUGUAGAAUAAUUCAUUCAUCUCGUUUGC